GGGGGGCACAAUUCGACGACAAAAUCAGGUCUUCGUCGACAAGUGUCGCAUCGUCGAGUCUGCAUCGACUUUCUCUUUGCGCCGUCUCGUUCAUAGAGUCUUGACCGUUCCACGAGCCUCAGCGUGACACUGCCGUGCCAUUUGCGUAAAUUGCACUCGGAAACCACAAUCACACUGGGACCGUGCGUUAGGCAGCCGUGCGAGUCGGAGGUGCGCUGCAGCGGAGGGGUAAGGACAACCAAACGUCAAGACGUUUGCUCAACGUCAUGAGCACCACGACAGACACCGACCGAUGACUCGACGCAUCGUCGGUCCAUCGCCUCGUGGCCUCCAUCGCCUGUGCUCGGCUCAGACCCCCCCCCCCCCCCGUCCCGUCCCGAGCGAUGGCGCGUUCCGUGCGCACGCGGUGGCGCAUCUCCCUCGGAGUCGCGGCGCUCUUCUCGCUGUGCGCCGCCGCCUGCCUGGCCGCGGGCGUCAAGGGCCACCUGCUGGGAGCUCUCGUUGACCCCGGAUUCCGUCUCGACGUCACGGCGGGUGGCUUCUACUCGGGCGGGCUGGCCUCGCUCGCCGGCCCCGCGCUCCUCUGCUGCCUGGGUACCGACGCUUGCCGCAGGAGCCGCCGUGGCCGCCGCGAGAGGGAGGCGCGGGACCCCCGGGGAGGCGGUCGGGACGCGCAGGGCCACGCGGCUGGAGGCGGCGCGUUCCUGCUGGGCGUCACGAUGGUGACGAUGGCCGUGCUGGCGGCAUUCGUCGGCACCGUGCUGGACGGGGAGGCGUUCAGCAAGGCACUGGGCAAGUACGAGGAGGAGUGCACGCGCGGCGGUGGCGGCGGCGGCGGUGGCGGCGGCUGGCAACGGGGCUGCGGUGCGCUCCACCGCUACACCACGGUGCUUGUCAUCUCGGCCUCGCUCAACGGCAUCGAGUGCCUCCUGGGCUUCGCGCUGCUCAUCGCCACGCGCGAGUACAAGCUCGCCGAGGCACGGCGAGACCUGGACGACGGCUACGACGUCGGCGGUGACGGCGGCGGCGACGACGCCGGGGGGAACGCCGCCGCGGAUACGGAGAGCGGUGGCGGGAGUUCCAUUCUCGCGGCCUUCCCGCCCUUCGGGUUCUACGUGAACCCCGCGGCGCUCGGUGGCAACGGUCGCGCGGGGCCGGACCGCGACGUGGCGCUGCCCGGGUACGCCGAGUCAUGUCGCCACGACGGCGACUGCGCGUCGUCGCCGUACAGCGCUCCUCCUCCCGCCUACAGCGACAUCUUUCCGGGGAAGUGAGCUCAAUGGUUAAUUAGCCCACCUUCCCAACUCGCUUUGCUGUUCUUCCAUCUCCCGGACAGUUCAAAAGGCCCAACGUGCUUUGGAGUUUCGCGCGUGUGUUUCACCAACCCUCCCCCCGCCAAAGCACUGAACGACGAAGACGGCGAUGAUGGGGUGCAGCGGCCACCCUGAUGAAUGCGUUGUCGAUGCAUUUUACCGCGCCUCCGAUUAGCACGGUUGCCCAUGUAUGGUGCAAAAGAAGCUCAACAUAGAGAACAAUAUAUGUACAUACGUACCACUAAAGAUCCUUUCUGAUAUCAUUCGCAAACGGUAAGCGACUGCGUGCCGUCCUCACGGUCAAAAUGAUUACAAAAGAAUGACCCGAAAAUUACUCAAAAAGCAUGGAGCAACUGCCCGUCCCGCAUCUGCGAAAACUUGUCAGGACCCUCUUGAAAAGGGUCGAGAGACUCGGCGAUGCUCUCCUGGGUAAGCAAGCGUCAACGCCACCUGCAAGGGAGAGCAGCACCUUGGAGGGCAGGUGGUGACUUUUAGCAGUUGCAGGGUGUGGGCAGGAGGGAGUGAUGGCCGAGUUGUUGAGGCAGCAAUGGCACCGACCACGAUGACCCCCUUCGAGUCGAAUCACCCCUCAGGAGCUGCGUCAAAUGGACUCACAGUCGAGCAAAUCUGAGAUCAAAAACAGCCGGAUGAACCGAACACCUUUGAUGUGAUUUUAUAUUUUGAUCGCAGUGUUAUCAUUUUGUUUUUUUCAUUGGAGCUGUGCGAUUGGGUAGAUACAGACAGUAAUUAUUCCCAUUAUGUACCUGGGAAAACCUCACCGAGCCUGAAGGGUUUUAUUCGAUUUAAAGCUUUCGUGACUGCAGGGAUUCAUAUUCUUGGUUCUUUCGGUAAAGUCACGUAGAAGGGAAAUAAUAAAAUAAUAAUAAAAAUAAAACGUAAGAAAGUUCUCAUAUUAUGUUAAAUUUUUAUUAUUUUAUUAUUUCCAUUCUACGUGACUUUACCGAAAGAACCAAGAAUCUGAAGGGUUUUUAUUGAGGAAGAUCCUGCAUUGGGAUAUUUGUCCAUUUCCUUUUUCUGUAGCUUUUCGGAUGCAAUUGGAGCGCCCGCGGGGAAACCCCCGCUCCUUACGAGGCGGAUAACAAAGCUCCACACAGAUAUAUGGGAAGUAUCUGCUGGACCACCAUCUCAUGGCCAAGUCAGCCCAAGCAGACAAAACGGCCUAAAUUUACCACGCCUGUAGAUCAGAGCCCUCAACAAAGAUGAAACGCCAUUGGAACCUCAUUUGCCAGUAAAAAAAUAUAAUUGUUUUUUGACCCUUUAAUCUGGCAACAAA